AUGGCCGAGUCGCCCCAUCUGAGAGGAGAGCCAUCACGAGGAACACAGCAUGGCCGGGGCGCGUCAACCACGUCUAGGGAAUACAAUGCUCCGGGCUCAAUUCAGAGUCUGGAGUCUCCCAACGACACCCCGAACGGACCCCGUCCACAGCACGCCUCAACAAUCCCACUCGAACAUGGCCGGAAUCCCUCACGCCCUAAACGGUCAUCGGUGGCUUCUCAUCCCGGUUACGAUGUCCCAGAUACGUAUACCAACCUAGAUGAGACAGCAGACGUCUCGCCCGUGCAGAACCCCUACGAGGAACCAAUCCACCGUUUCCGAAGUCUCGAGCAGACCAGAAGCCAGGAGCAGGAAUUCGUACGGGAGCGGAAGCGCCAUCGCCAAGAAUCGCUCGCCGAAGGCCGGCCACCCGAACCGGAGAAGUUAGAGGAGGCCAAGUACGACGUCUCGCGCCUCCUGACUCAAUUUUACACCGUUUCUUACCUCAUCCUCUUCUCCAUACUCGGUACCCUCGCCCGCCUCGGCCUCCAGGCCCUCACCAACUAUCCCGACACCCCCAUAAUCUUCACCUCCAUCUGGCCCAACUUCGCCGGCAGCCUAGUCAUGGGCUUCCUAUCCGAAGACCGCAUGCUCUUCCGCGAAGCGCAAACCCCAGCACCCAGCCCCUCCACCGACGAGGAAGCAACCACCAACGGCACCCCACCCCCAAAACAAACCCAUACCGCCCUCAAGAAGACCAUCCCGCUAUACAUCGGCCUCGCCACCGGCUUCUGCGGCUCCCUAACCUCCUUCUCCGCCUUCAUGCGCGACACCUUCCUCGCACUAUCCAACGACCUCCCCACCACCACCAGCCACAGCCCCCUCACACCCACCCCACCCCCCCGGAACGGCGGAUACACCUUCCUCGCCCUCCUCGCCAUCCCGCUCAUCACCCUCACCCUCUCCCUCUCCGCUCUCUUCCUCGGCGCCCACCUCGCCAUCGCGCUCGCGCCCCUGACACCAACCCUACCCCGCGCUCCGCGCGCGUGGGCCGACCGCGCCGCCGUGCCCCUCGCCUGGGGCUGCUGGCUCGCUGCCGUGCUCAUGGCCGCGCUGCCGCCCGCCGGUCACGCCGCCUGGCGCGGUGACGCGCUGUUUGCGCUGGUCUUUGCGCCGCUGGGUUGUCUGGUGCGGUUUGGGGUGAGCUUGUGGUUGAAUGGCCGCGUCGCGGCGUUUCCGGUGGGGACGUUCGUUGUGAAUGUGGUGGGGACGGCGGUUUUGGCUAUGGCGUGGGAUUUGGCGCAUUCCGGGGCGGUUGGUGGUGGUGGUAGUAGUGGCAGUGGCAGUAGUGUGGGAGAGGGGGUUGGGGUGCUGGUGGGGUGUCAGGUGCUGGCGGGCGUGCAGGAUGGGUUUUGCGGGUGUUUGACGACUGUGUCCACGUGGGUCGGGGAGCUGGCUGCGCUGAGGAGGAGGCAUGCGUAUGCUUAUGGCGGGGCGAGCGUGCUGGGUGGGCUGGCGGUGGUGGUCGCGGUGAUGGGAGGGUUGAGAUGGAGUGAAGGGUAUGAAUCGGGGGCCUGGCGGAUCUGUCCGUCUGCAGACGUCUUUGCCAGGUUCUGCCGGGCGAGGGGUCUUCCAACCAUCUAUGUCUGCGGUUCGGAUCAGUACGGCACCGCGACAGAGACGAAGGCUCUCUCGGAGGGGGUAGACCCGGCGACAUUGUGCGCCAAGUAUCACGCCAUCCACAAAGACAUCUACGACUGGUUCAGGCUCGAUUUCGAUGUCUUCGGCCGCACUCCCACAGACGAGCACACUGCUAUCGUCCAGGACAUCUUCAUUCGCCUCUGGAAUAACGGCUUUAUCGAGCAGCGUGAAACCACUCAGGCUUACUGCCCGACUCACUCAUCCUUCUUGGCCGACCGUUAUGUUGAGGGCGAGUGCAGCCUUUGCCACGACAAGGGUGCUCGCGGCGACCAGUGUGACGCAUGUGGUAACCUCCUCGACCCCCUAGAACCGGAGAGGGACGCCUCCGGAAACCAGGAGACCAAGGCGACCGGUUGGCUGAUCAACCCCCGCUGCAAAUUGGACGGCACUGCUCCUGAGAAGCGCCAGACCAAGCAUCUCUACCUCCGCCUAGACGCCCUGCAGGGCGAGAUUGAAGAGUGGCUCAAGACGGUCGAGAAGGCCUGGAGCGCGAAUUGCGUCUCCAUCACGCACUCGUGGCUGGAUCAGGGGCUAAAGCCGCGCGGUAUCAGCAGAGAUCUCAAAUGGGGUGUCCCAAUUCCCACCGGCCUUGACGGUCUCUCUGACGAGGACUAUGCCAAGAAGGUUUUCUAUGUCUGGUUCCAUACCAUCAUCUUCCCCGCCUCCCAGCUCGGCACCAAGGAGAACUGGACCAAGAUCAAGGCCGUGUCCACCUGCGAAUACCUCAACUACGAAGGUGGAAAGUUCAGCAAAUCGAAGGGCGUCGGCGUGUUCGGUACCAACGCUCGCGAUACCGGCAUCGACGCUGAUAUCUGGAGGUACUACCUCUUGUCAAGGCGGCCAGAGACCAGCGACUCGGAAUUCAAAUGGGAGGAAUUUGUUGACGCCAACAACAACGAUCUGCUCAAGAACCUUGGCAAUCUGUGCCAGCGUAUUAUCAAGUUUUGCCAGGCCAAGAUGGACGGUGUGGUGCCCGAAUACGACCUCUCAAAAUUCCCAGCCCUGCAGCAACACAGGGAGGAAGUGGAAAAGCUCCUCCAAGACUAUGUCGCACAUCUCAAGGGCGUGAAGCUGAGGGCAGGUUUGUCCAUCGUUAUGAACAUUUCUGCACACGGCAACAAGCUACUCCAAGAUAACAAGCUCAGCAAUCAGCUCAUCGCCGAGGAGCCCGAGCGCUGCCGCGCUGUUAUUGGUAUCGCUCUCAAUCACAUCCACCUCGUGGCCCACCUCCUCUCGCCCUACAUGCCCGAGAAGUCCCAAUCUAUCCUCAGGCAACUUGGAGUUAAGGGGCCAGGCGGGGAGGAUCAAACUAUCCCGGCGAAGAUCCCAGAUACCUGGGAGGCGAAUGACCUCAAGCCUGGCCACGCCAUUGGCGAACCCGAACUGCUGUUCGCCAAUAUUCCUGCGGCAAAGAUUGAGGAAUGGCGUGAAGCGUUCGGCGGCGAGGAGCUUCGUAAGCAGAAGGAGAUAGAGGCGGAGAAGGCCGCGGCCAAGAAAGCGGCAAGGGAGAAGGAGAAGGAGAAGAGAAAGGCCAAAAAGGCAGCCCAAGCCGCCGAGGCAGCGCAGGGGUCGACUUCAACGCUCCCUAUCCACCCUGGUAAGCCUGCCGAGGCUGCGGCAAAAUCAAAUGAGCCGACCGAACCUCCUGUUGAGAAUUGA